AUGUUGUUCCCUGCGUUCGUCGGAAGCCUUCUGACGGUGCCACUCCUGUCGGCCCCGGUGGCCGCCGUGGCAGCGGCACCGUCGGAAAGGAUGGCCAAGCUCCUUCGUCGGUCGAACAUCAAGCGAACUUCGCUGGGCUGCGACACUUCCACAUUUGUCCUGAGACUCUCCACCCCCUCGUGGAGCCCGGACUGCGGCGGCGCCUGCAAGCCGGCCCAGUAUAUCGGUCACAACGGCUUCAGCACGGACAACGUCCACGCCGCCACCGUCUGGACAAUCAUCCAGGGCUCCCUCUACUCCGUCAGCGAGGGUGGCUCCAUCUCCAUCAGCUCCGGCUGCGACAGCGAGUAUUUCUCGCCCCUUCAGCGGGCCAGCGUCAUCAAGACCACCUUUACCGUUCACGACAACACCCUGGUCUGGAGCCAUGGCGAAUUCUCCGGAGGAUCUGGCCACUUUUGCCAGCGCCCUGCCGACGGUGCCGUCAUUGCCUACGGCGACAACGUCCCGGCCGGCUGCGAGUGCACCGACCUCGAGGUCGUCACGGCCCACCCAAUCCACUCGGCAAUGGAGCACGACAUGGAAUGUCACGGGAAGCCUGGCCACGACAAGCCGGAGAAGCCGGAGAAGCCAUGCGUCGAGUGCGAGGAAAAGGAGAAGCAUGAGAAGCCUAAGAAGCCCGAGAAGCCAUGCGUCGAGUGCGAGGAAAAGGAAAAGCACGAGAAGCAUGAGAAGCCCGAGAAGCCAUGCGUCGAGUGUGAGGAAAAGGAAAAGCAUGAGAAGCACGAGAAGCCAUGCGUCGAGUGUGAGGAAAAGGAAAAGCAUGAGAAGCACGACAAGCACGAGAAGCCCUGUGUCGAGUGCGAGGAAAAGGAAAAGCACGAGAAGCACGACAAGAACAUGAAGCACGAGAAGCCAUGCCUGUUGUGCGAGGAGGGCGAGGCUGGUGCCCCCGGCGCCCCCGGAACCCCUGGAGCUCCUGGCGCCCCCGGCGGUCACGGCAAGCCCGGCAGCCCCGGCUCUCCAGGUGAACCGGGCUCUCCCGGCCGCGGCGGUGAUGGCGGAGACGGUGGCGAUGGCGGCAGCGGCGGCACUGGUGGCAACGGCGGACACGGCGGACACGGCGGCGGCAACUCCACCUACCAUGGAGGCUACAACUCGGGAUCCAAGUCCACUUCCGGAACCAAGAACACGCAAACGUCGGCCGGCAACGGUGGAAACGGCAACGGCAGCGGCAACGGAAACGCCGGCAACGGUGGCAACGGAGGCUAUGAGAGCACCGGCGGCGACGGCGGCAACGGAGGAAGCGGCAACGGCGAUGGUAACGGCAACGGCAACAGCGGCAACGGCGGCUCUGGAAACGGCUCCGGCAACGGCAACGGCGGCAACGGCGGCGACGGAGGCUACAAGGGCAACGGAGGCAAGGGCGGCAACGGAGGCGACGGCAACGGAAACGGCAACGGCAACGGCGGCAACUAG